CUUUGGACAUUAUUUCUUCAUCCAGUCUAGAUGAAUGAGUUUAUUUUGUUGCUCCUCUUCUGUCAUGUUGCAUCUCCAGUGCUUCACGCCUUGAGGUAUUUCAGCACGGCUUCAUCUGGAGUCCCAAACUUCCCAGAGUUUGUUGUUGUUGGUUUGGUUGAUGAUGUUCAGAUGGUUCACUACGACAGCAACACACAGAGAGCAGAAGCCAAACAGGGCUGGAUGGAGAAGGUCACAGCUGAUGAUCCUCGUUACUGGGAGAAGGAAACUCAGGUGUCUAAGCGUGACCAGGAGACCUACAAAGACAGAAUUAGCACCUUGAAGAAACGCUUCAACCAAACUGGAGGUGUUCACACCUACCAGAGGAUGUACGGCUGUGAAUGGGACGAUGAGACUGGAGUCACUAAUGGUUUUUAUCAGUUUGGUUAUGAUGGAGAAGACUUUUUAGCUUUUGACCUGAAGACAAAGACAUGGAUCGCUCCAACACCACAGGCUGUCAUCACCAAACACGAGUGGGACAGAGAUGCAGAUCAAAAUGAGCGCUGGAAGAACUACCUCACCCAGGAGUGCAUUGAUUGGCUGAAGAAGUAUUUGGACUAUGGGAGAAGCUCUCUGCUGAGAACAGAGCUUCCCUCGGUGUCUCUCCUCCAGAAGACUCCCUCCUCUCCAGUGACCUGCCAUGCUUCAGGUUUCUACCCCAACAAAAUCAUGUUGUUCUGGACGAGAGACGGAGAGGAGCUUCUUGAGGACGUGGACCACGGAGAGAUCCUCCACAACCACGAUGGAACCUUCCAGAAGAGCGUUGACCUGGACCUUUCAUCAGUCAAAGCUGAAGACUGGGGGAGGUACAGCUGUGUGUUUCAGCUCUCUGGUGUCAAGAAGGACAUCGUCACCAAACUGGACCCAAAAGUGAUCAAGACCAACUGGGGCAAGACUGAGAUCAAACGUGAUGGAGUGAAGCCCAGUGACUUGACCAUCCCCAUCAUUACAGCGGUGGCUGUUAUUGCUGUCUCCCUCAUUGCUUGUAUCGGAUUCAGAGUGUACAAGAAGAAACAAGGAGAGGAACUCAAAAGUAUUUCCCCAUGUCAUUUAUUGGCAUUUACAUUCUAAACUUUGAAUUCAUGAUCUUAUCUGGAUUGGAGCUCGAGGAGAACAAAGCUAAAAUCUUUGCUCACAAAAAUAAGCAACCAGCACUAAGGACUAUAAGGCCA